UUUUCUCUUUUCUACACAUUUUCCGGGAAAAUAAAAAACGCCAUAAAAGUUUCAACAUAAUAGAAAAACAAGACAAAGAUCUGCUCAAUCUAGUCUCCUUGUGUAAAAACCUCUCCCCUGUCCUAAAACAAUGACAACCAGCAUCCACGUCACUGCUUUGGACAGCGUCGUGAACGUAAACUCCCUUUUCACACUCGCCGUUUUUAUCGGUUUAGCUUGGAACCCAUACGAUCCCAGCAACACACUCGUAGAACCAAACAGCGGAUGUGCCCCAACAUCAAAAAUCGCCGAGGAUUUGAUUAAAUUUCAUGUCUACUCCUUCAGUUCUUUCCUUUUCUCCAGCCUCGUAGCUUUAGCUAUCAAGCAAGCAAUCAAGCUUUCCAAACCCCAUACUUUUAACAUCCAUGUUACUUUCCGUGGAUCCGAGUUUUUGGAACAUGUUGAUGUUAAUAAGACUUUGCUUCGGGUCGGUAUGGUGGUUUCGGGUGCUGGGUCAGUUGCGGGUUGUGUUUUUUUGAUGUUGGCUUUGGUUAAUGUUGUUCAGAUCAAGGUUGGGACUUUAGCUUGUGGGAGUGGACAUGCUUUUGCGGCGGUUGUUCCUUUGGUUAUUUUGGUUCCUCUUGCCCUUUUGAUCUAUGUUUGUGUUGGACUUUAUGCUUUUACUCGUUAAGUAUUGGAAACUUUGGGAAUGUAUGUUACUUUUGGGAUGUAUUUUAAUGAAUUAAAGAGGAAAAAAUCUGUGAAUGUUGCUUUAA